UAGAAACAAGAAGUGAGAAAAGCCACAAUACAAAAAGAAUUAAUGACAAUGUUGAGGAAAAUGAGUAUUACCAUAUGCGCCUUGUUCUUAUUUCUGGGUUCAUUCAUUAUUUCUCAAGCAGCAGACUUUAACAUAGCUAGCUACGGUGGAAAACCUGAUGGUGAUAUAACUGAUGCUCUCACAAAAGCAUGGACAGAUGCAUGUGCUGCCACAGAUGCUAGCAAAAUUUUGGUAGGUGCAGGAACUUACAUGAUGAAUGCAGUGGAUCUUAGAGGCCCAUGCAAGGCUCCUUCUAUUGAGUUACAAGUUGAUGGUUUAAUUCAAGCACCAGCAGACCCAGCUGAACUAAAAGGUGCAGACCAAUGGGUUAAAAUAGGAUAUGUCAAUGCCUUCACAUUGUCAGGAACCGGAACUUUUGAUGGACAGGGUCCUGCUGCUUGGAAAGCAAAUGAUUGUAUUCAUAAUCCUAAAUGUGAUUGGCCUACCAUGAACUUUGGCUUCAACUUCAUCAACAAUUCAUUUGUCAAGGGCGUAACUUCAAAAGAUAGCAAAAAUUUUCAUGUUAAUGUUCUUUCAUGCAACAAUUUCAACUUUGAUGGGUUCAAUAUUAGUGCACCUGAAGAUAGCCCCAACACGGAUGGAAUUCAUAUCGGAAGAUCAAAUGGAGUGGUUGUUGCAAAUACCCAUAUCGGUACAGGAGAUGAUUGUGUCUCAUUAGGUGAUGGUAACACUAACAUAACAGUGGUGAAUGUGUAUUGUGGACCUGGCCAUGGCAUUAGCGUUGGAAGUCUUGGUAGAUACGAUAAUGAAGCACCAGUAUCAGAUGUCAAAGUUAGAAACUGCACCAUUUCUAACACAAUGAAUGGUGUGAGGAUCAAGACAUGGCCUGGCACUCCAGGAGCUAUUACUGUGUCUGACAUGCAUUUUGAAGAUAUUAUUAUGAAUAAUGUCUCAAAUCCUGUGAUCAUAGAUCAGGAAUAUUGCCCAUCAAAUCAAUGCGACAAAUCGACCCCAUCAAAGAUAAAGAUAAGUAAUGUGACUUUCACAAACAUUAGCGGCACUUCUCAAACUCAAGAAGGAGUACUUCUUAUCUGUAGUAGCGGAGUACCAUGUGACAACGUUCAACUUAAUAACAUUAAUCUCACAUUCAAUGGAGCUGAAGUAACUGCUAAGUGUGCCAAUGUUAAGCCCACAGUUACAGGGACGGUUCCAGCUUGUGCAGCGUAAGAAUCGAAUAGUGUUAUAAAGGCAUUCUAUUUCUUGUUUUCUUCUUCUAAUUACAUAAUUCACUGUCAUGGUUAAGGAUGACAGCUAGUUUUUUUUUUUUUUUGGUUUUUAGUUAGAUCACGUAUUAUGUAUUGCGAUCAUGUUAUCCAAUAAUAUUU